CCUGACACAUCCGGUCACCAGCUGAAUUUAAUGGCAUAGGGACAGUAUCCCUCUGGUUCCCAUUACAAUGCCCAAAACCACAGUCCUUCUGCUCAGCUGUGCUCCUUUGGAUAUCUUCUUCGAUGAACCGUCUGCGCCUCAGUUAGUAAGUAACUUAACGCUAACAUUGCUCUGGUGUUUUUUCUGCGAAGGACUCGUUUGACAACAUACAGCUUUAACCAACGUUACUGGCUUUGAUGUGAAUAUUUCGCGUAGUUCAUAACUCCUCUUUGUAAACACAAACACGGCGAUGGGAAAGUCUCGGUUUUAACAGUGCUGAUGACUGGGAUGUAGCUAUGUGUGUUUCCUGACGGAUUUUGACUCUAAUCUUUACCUGGUGACCAUCCAACUCUUCCCGACCCUGCUUACCUGUAAUACAUUCAGCCAUGCCGGAUGCAGCUGAAUAACGAGUAGCAUUGGGGCGGGGGGUGGGGGGGGAAACAAGUGUUUCUAAACUCUCAUCAAAAGGCUGCCAUGUUUUGUGGUAGAAUGAGAAACUAAGUGAGAGAAAAGUGGAAAGAAAGUGAGACUGAAGUGGCUAAAGUCCUUGUGUUGGUGACAGAAAAGAAGAGCCAUCCUAUCAGUAGGUUGGCAGUAGCCAAGGCAGCCUGGCCCUGAGGAUGACUAGCCUGUUCAAGCGUAGCAGCAGCAAUGGAGGCUCCGGAAGCAGCGGAAGUAGUGGUGGGGGCAGCGGUGGGCAGGGGCAGCUCAACAACAGCAGGUCCAGCCGGCAAGUCCGACGCCUGGAGUUCAACCAGGCCAUGGAGGACUUCAAGACAAUGUUCCCCUCCAUGGACUAUGAGGUGAUUGAGUGCGUCCUGCGCUCCAACAACGGGGCAGUGGACGCUACGAUUGACCAGCUGCUCCAGAUGAGCAUUGAUGGACAGGGCUCCGAUGACAGUUCCGACUCUGAUGACAGCAUCCCAGCAGAGAUUCUGGAGAGAACACUGGAACCUGACAGUUCAGACGAGGAACCGCCUCCAGUCUACUCUCCGCCAACAUAUGAUAUGCACAUUUAUGACAGGAAAUACCCAGAAGCCCCUCCAACACCCCCGCCAAGAUUUGAAGCCCAGCCACCUCCAGGUCACCAGCAGGUCAGAAGCUACCGGAACUGGAACCCUCCUUUGCUCGGAAAUCUCCCAGACGAUUUUCUGCGGAUCCUGCCACAGCAGUUGGACAGUAUUAAGCAGAGCUCCCAGAGCAGUCUUUCCCAGCCCUCAUCCUCAUCUUCUUCCUCCGUUUCUUCAAUAAGCCAGUGGACGUCACAGUCUGGUUCUCUGUCUGGAGCCGCAGGGUCCACCGGAGGUCCCGGUUUGACAAGCGGAGCUACCGAGCAAGACAAGAAGCUGAAGCAGUAUCUUGAUGACGAGCGCAUCGCCCUGUUCCUGCAGAACGAGGAGUUUAUGAGAGAGCUGCAGCGCAACCGCGAGUUCCUCAUUGCCUUGGAGAGAGAUCGCUUGAAGUAUGAAUCAAAGAAAUCAAAGUCCAAUCAUUCAUCUAGUAUGGAGAAUUCCACAGGAGAACAGAACUCUGCAGCUUCAAUGGAGUCAGUGUCAGAUGACGCCCUGUUCAGAGACAAACUCAAACAUAUGGGCAAAUCAACAAGAAAGAAGCUGUUUGAAAUUGCCAGAACGUUCUCAGAAAAGACGAAGCGGAAAAAGUCAAAAAGGAGGAUGCUCCUGAAGCACCAUUCAUUGGGCACCGCCAAUUCGACAGCAAAUCUCCUCGACGAUGUAGAUGGAAACCCCUGUGAGGAUGGUCAGCCCAGAAGAGCAAACACUCAGGAAGAGAAAGAACAACGCAAUGAGCCAAUAAUAUGAUCACCCUACGCUGCACCAUAUCAGGGUUACCGUGGCGACGGCAGCAUGACCUUCGGGUGGCGGCCUUGCAGCUCUUCCUGUCUCCAUCCCCCGCCCCCCAUCCCCCACCCCCAUCCUAAUUCAAACCAGCCGAUGUAAAGGUUGUUUCCCCCUCCUUCCCAAGGAGAGGAACCAGACUGUACGCAGAACUGGCCCGACUGUCUAUGAAAGCAUUAUCUCUGUAUUAUAACACUUUAAUAUAUAAUUUGAAAUGUAAUGGAAAUGCAUUAGUCCUUCCCAGUAUUUGUAAACUGCUUCCUUUAAUCCCCUGAGAGGAACACUAGCGUAGUGAUGAUCUUGCCAUAUGAACAUUUUAUUACUUCUCCAGACUGUAUGUUUCUGAUUGGUGUACCACAGGCUUGGCAUUUCAGAUCCAAAGUGUGCACAUGCUUGUUUAUAUACACUAAACCAUGAAGAGCUUUUUUACCAUGUUUUCUUAAUCCGAUUGUAAUAUUCAGCUGUUUUUCAAUGUCGGGUUAUGGAAAGUUCUUAUGUGCCAGAAUAUUGUGGCCAUCAAAGCUGUGGCCGCCCAAAUGUCAACACUUGGCCGUUGUAACCGAUUGAUCACAUUUGAAAGCGUGUGUUCUCAGAAAGCCUGUUUGGAGCAGUUCACUUGAAAGGCUGCAGCGUUUGGAGCAAUGCUCUAGUUUGCUUUGUUUGGCAAGGUGAAAACGUGGUCAUUCAAUCAGUUGUAGCAGCGCUAAGGUUGAGACGUUACACCAGCAUGACGGACAAAGAAUAAACAUGGCUAUCACGUAAUCAUUACGUGAACUUGCUUACUGAGUUUCGACAAAAUUGGUAAUAAAUAACUCCGGGCUGAGGUCUAAAGGCAAAAGUGUUCUGAAUGAACACACUUGGCGGCAGUCAUAGAGAAUGGCAUGCCGCUGUAAAUAUUACAUCAGUCUCUUCUUGAAGGCUUUCACAGUGUUUAACUCCAUUAGUAGUAGUUAACUCAAUUAGUAGUAGUUCAAAAAAAUGAAAAAGGGAGCUUGAGGGAUUCAGUUUUGGAGAGCAUUUGUCAGAUGUAGCCCACCCAGUG